AUUUUGACCAUUAUGGGCAGAGGAGUCACUUGACGAAAGGGCGCAAGGAGCGAUGUCAAAUUGAUCCGAUUGCAGUAUGAGUAUCAUCAUCGAGUAGAUGAACAACAAGUACCUCAUAUCCAAAGCCUAAGGAGACUUACGCAACACUGUAUAUUUUUUGUCAUGGAUCCCACAUCAAAUCCAUUGGUUCGUGAAACAACAGGGCACUCGGCUCAUGUCGCAGAAAGCGAGGUAGGUCAUGGAAUCGAUGCUUUAGGAAUGACAGCAUUCAAUUCGAGUGCUGGCGGGAGGAUCGAAGGCAAAAAUUCUUGGUUUAAUGUCAAGCGGCGCAUUCGGCAACUUGAGCUCGAGGCUCCAGAACCGACUACUGUUGAGCAUGAAAGCGAAUUUCCGGAGGGGGGACUACGAGCGUGGCUAGUCGUGCUCUCAGCAUUCAUUACUCUUUUCCCUUCUUUCGGAUUUAUGGUGGCAAUCGGCACCCUUCAAGAUUACUGGCACCAACAUCAACUUUCCGACAUGUCUUCGCGAGACAUUGGUUGGAUACCUUCGGUUUUCGUAUACUUAUGUCUCGCUGGAGGACUGGGUGUCGGUCCUCUGUUCGACAUGUAUGGGCCGCGUUGGAUCAUGUUGCUUGGCAGUGCAGGAUAUGUGGUCAUGAUGUUCUUGCUUGCCGAGUGCACCAAGUUUUGGCAAAUAAUGCUUUGUGUUGGGGUGCUUGGUGGUGUCACCGGAGCCACUUUGACGACAACCUCAUUAGCAUGCGUCGCCCAUUGGUUUAAGAAGCGAAGGGGCCUCACCCAGGGUAUCGCUAUGAUGGGAUCGAGCUUUGGUGGUCUUGUUAUACCUCUGGUCUUAAGAUCCUCUUUUCCAGCCUACGGGUAUCAGUGGUCAAUUCGAAUUCUCGCUUUUAUAUUUGCUGGCUGUCUUACUGUCAGCAAUUUUCUUAUGAAAGCCCGGAUUCCACCAAAACCAGAGGCAAAAAAGAAAGCGAUCAUACAAUUUUCAAUGUUCGGCAACUUAGACUUCUCGCUGCUGACUAUUUCAAUAUUUGGACUGGAAACGGUCAUCUUUGGUGCACUUGGAAUAUUGCCCACUUAUGCUACCUUAUCUACCAACUUUCCUAAAGAUACGGGCUUCUAUCUCAUAUCAGUUCUCAAUGGUGUCAGUUGCAUCGGGAGACUAAUCCCGGGCUAUUUGGCAGAUAAAAUCGGGCGGUUCAAUACCCUGACCAUAUUCAUUGUUGCAACAGAGAUUUGCAUGCUCAUCAUAUGGUUGCCAUUCGGGACUACAUCCCUGGCUGCUUUGUACAUCUUUGCAGCUCUUUUUGGAUUUGGUACGGGCUGUUGGAUGGCUCUUGUGCCUUCAUGUAUUGGACAGCUGUGCCGGGCAGAAGAGUUCGGACGUUAUUAUGGUACAAGCUAUUUUGUAGCUUCUCUUGCCACACUGGUGUGCGUCCCGAUUUCUGGCGAAUUGGUUCAAGCUGUUGGUCCACAAGCUUUGAUAGGCUUCUUCAUUGCCAUAGGGGGAUUUACUUUAUGUACAUUCGUGGCAAGCAGAUGGGCUUGUCUACAAUGGCAGUGGAGCUGGACUGCAAAAUUGUAAAGUGUUGCACAAAGUUUCCAAAGCACUGAGAAUUUGACAAUUGAUAUGCAAAGCGGUCAAAUCAAGUAGAGGACAGUCCUAUGCUGACCUUGGCAUGGUAUUGAUAUAAGGC